AUGGAAGACACUAACCAGACUAUAGUGUCUGAGUUUAUUUUGCAAGGACUUUGUACUUCAAAAAAACUUCAGAUAUUCCUUCUGCUGCCAUUUUCCAUCCUCUAUCUGGUAACUGUGGUAGGCAACAUCUUUAUCAUGAUAGUAAUCAUCAUUGAUCAUCGUCUCCAUUCUCCCAUGUACUUUCUGUUAGCUAAUCUCUCAUUCAUUGACCUCUGCCUUUCCUCAGUAAAUACACCCAAACUGACCAUAGACCUCUUAAAAGAUAAUAAAUCCAUUUCCUUUGGGGGCUGCAUGAGCCAGAUCCUCGGUGUGCACUUCUUUGGAGGAGGUGAGAUGGUGCUUCUGGUAACAAUGGCCUAUGACCGGUAUGUGGCCAUCUGCAGGCCACUCCACUACAGCAGCAUCAUGGACAGGCAGAAGUGCAUCUGGCUCGUUUUGAUAUCGUGGAUCAUUGGAUUUAUACAUGCCGUGAGUCAACUGAUUCUAAUUUUGGAGCUACCUUUCUGUGGUCCUAGAGUAAUAGACAGCUUUUUCUGUGAUAUCCCUUUGGUGCUGAAAUUAGCCUGCAUGAACACUGAUACUCUGGAAAUUGUAAUAAAAUCUGACAGUGGUGUUUUAGCUACAACUUGUUUCAUUUUCUUGCUCAUAUCUUACACUUACAUUCUAUUAACUGUUCGACGUCACUCUAAAGAUGGCUCAUCAAAGGCACUGUCUACAUGUUCUUCCCAUAUCAUAGUGGUUGUGCUGUUCUUUGGACCCAUCAUUUUUAUCUAUCUCUGGCCAGUCAAUAUCACAUGGGUUGACAAGUUUCUAGCUGUGUUUUAUACAGUCCUCACACCUCUCCUAAAUCCAGCCAUCUAUACACUGAGAAAUAAAGAUAUUAAGAACGCCAUAAAGAAGCUGAUAAAUCACAUGUGA